ACUUCUCGAAAGCACAACUCGCCCACGAUGCACUUCCGUCACUUAUUAUGCAGUAGCUCGACAGAGGGGCCUUCCUCGGCUUCCAUGAUCACGUCCUUUGAGUACAAGCCAUUAGAAGACGACUGCAUUCGCAUUGUCUAUCUCCAGCCUCGACGAGCUAAACGGCGCGCUGAGGAGAUCGAGUGCACCUUAGCUCAUGUCGCAUUCGGUGACAGGCCCGAAUAUAAGGCGCUGUCAUAUGCCUGGGGUGAUGGUACCACAAAGAGAACAAUCCUGCUGGAUGGAAUAAAGUUUGAAGUCGGUGAGAAUCUCGCUGCUGCUCUGGUCAAUAUCCGGGGCCUGGAAUCGGCUGGUGAACAGCAACAAGCGAUUUGGAUCGAUGCCAUCAGCAUUAAUCAGUCCGAUCUUGGGGAACGGAAUCGCCAGGUCCGCCUGAUGCCAUAUAUAUACGCGAGAGCACAAAUGGUAAUUGUGUGGCUCGGUAUAGCAUCCACUUUCAAACAUCAUAUCUCUUCAGAAAACAAUAUGUAUGCAAUGGUCACCCCAAAACAUCCCAUAAUCAGCAGCGCAACGUUGUCGGGACAACCUCUAGCUCAAUCACUCUACGAGGGCAAAAUCAUGUCUCUCUGCAAACGCGACUAUUGGAAGAGGUUGUGGAUAAUCCAAGAAAUUGGGAAAGCAAGGUACGGAGGGCUGCGGAUCCAUUAUGAUUUUACAUUCAUUGAGUGGAACCGCUUCAUCGAGAUGAUCAAAUCCAAGAAGAGCCUUGCAAAUAGUAUCCCUUUAAAAUUAGAUGGCCAGCGCCAGGGUCGAUUCGAAGGCGGCCAUACACUUUCCAACCUGCUGAGAACCAACCAGGUCGCUUUAUGCAAGGACCCACGAGAUAAAAUAUAUGGUUUCAUAGGGUUGGCGGUUGAUGUUCACGACCGAUUUCCAAUGGACUAUUCAAAAUCUCCAUUCGAGGUUUUCACAGACACCGUCUUCUUCCUCCACGGUGACGAAAGCCGGAGCCAGCAUGAUAUCCUGGAUAUGAGUCGCCUCUUGGGGCGAAUGGUAGGAGGAAGAGUGGGAUUAGAACCGGAUGGGUUAGCUAGAAACUUCAGCGCUGGAGAUAUCAACCUCAAUUCCCAGGUCAGAAGCCUCCGUGUACCAGGAUGCCUCGUUGGGAGGAUCAAUGAAAUUGGUCAUUUGUAUUGCGACGUCGUCGCCAACCCCGAGAAAUCGAACGAUUGGAUAUCCCUUAUAUGGAGGAAUAUCUCGGACUCCCAACUGAGGUCUACCGUUCUAGAGCAGAGUGAGCUUUUCCUAGAGGCACUUCGGGUCUUUGAUGAAGUAUCCCAAAGGACUAUUUUCGCUUUUGAUCGCAUGAUCACUUGGGAAGAAGUUAGGCAAUAUAGCAUCGAUACUUUUGAAUCCCACCUCGGGGCAAACGUUGGUAUGGCUGCAUCUGAACAGUUAUCACUAGACUCAGGUCGACAUGGUUCCCGCUUGUUUCUACUACAGCCACGGCCCUCUGAGGUCACCCCAAGCUACAUGGGACUAGCGCCUUUAGGCACUCAAGUUGGAGACUUCAUCUGUCACAUUGCUGGUAUAGAACGCGCCGUUAUUAUUCGACAGUCAACUAGCAACAACCCUGCUUCAGUUGCGGGCCGUAAUCGCUACACAUACCAAAUUAUCGGAUGCGCAGGACUUGCGAGAGAUACGAUCACGGCAAGGGACGUAAGAGGAGCGAAUCUGUUGCCACACGAGCUGUUUGCUGCUGGAACGUUUUCUCCUCCGACUGAGUUAGAGCGCUUCAAUAUAUAUAUAGAUAUUCGCACCGCGUGGGAAGUUUCUUUAUUCUGCUAAGUUUAUAAUCCUUGAACAGAGUUCAAGGCGGAAAAUUAUAGUAGGACUUCUUUUCAUCGACUUCUUACUUACAUGGCUAGACGGAGUCGAGUCUAAGGUUUAUAUCUUCCUGGUGUAACGGUACUGGCUGGGGGCCAUAUGGGGGUAGCUAUCACAUGACUGGUUUCACCUAGCUAGCCGGCGUUUCAGUGGUUUUAGCUAGUAUUUCCCUUCUUUUAUCCCCUUUCCU